AUGGCUGUCCGAAUGAUGCUUACUUGCCUCCUGCUCUUCUUUGCCACGGCCAACGCCGCUGUCCAUCGUGGACCACUAGCCACUAUCGUUGGGCAGCAAGAUGCGAUUCCCGACUGGGAUUUUCAGCAGAUCAACAAAGUGUCUGGAAGCCUCAAAUCGCUUUCUCUGCCAGACACCGAUACCUCUUCCUGGCACCAUGCCUCCGUGUCCAGAUGCACGCUGAUGGCAUGUCUUCUAGAAGAAGGCAUGUUCGAUUUGGACGGGACUGAUGGUCUCUGGUAUUCCGACAACCUUGCGCAUUUCGACGACAGCAUGUUCCAUGUCCCCUGGGUAUAUCGCAAGCAAUUCAAGUUGGAAGCUGGGAAAGAGAAGCCCAAGCACCAUUACUUCUUACAAACCAACGGAAUCACACCCGCUGCAGAUUUGUUCUUCAAUGGCAAGCAGCUCGCCGACAAUAUCACCCAAUCAGGUUCUUACGGCGGCCAUACAUAUGAUAUCACCAGUCUUGCUAGGAAGGAGAAUGCUCUCGUGGUCAAGGUUUAUCCGACGAACUAUCAGCAUGACUUCGCCGUCGGUUUUGUCGACUGGAACCCGUAUCCACCCGACAAUGGCACCGGCAUAUGGAGGGACAUUACUGUUAAACAGGCAGGAGAUGUGUUCAUGGGUCCUAUGAGCGUCCUUGUAAACCUUGAUACAGCCACCGAUGACGGCGAGAUCGACCAAGCAGCAAUUACUGUUCGUGCCCAAGCUCGAAACCUGAGUAAGAAGCCAAUCAAGUUUGUCGCGACAGCCAAGAUCAAAACUCCCAACGGGAAAAGCCUCAAGACCAUCACUAAACAUAUCCGACUCGCAGCUGAAGAGUCAGUUAUGGUCGAGCUUUCUGAAAAAGUCAAGGAUCCCGAGGUGUGGUGGCCGGCAGGGUGGGGUGAACAGCCAUUGUAUUCAGCCCAAUUAACCUAUUCUAUCGGAUCCGACACUUCGGAUUCAAGCCCCGUUACCAAGUUUGGCAUUCGAAAAGUCACCUCCGAGCUCAAUUCCUAUAAUGAUACCCUGUUCAAAGUCAAUGGCUAUCCGAUACAGAUCAGAGGCGGGGGCUAUACAUCCGACAUGUUCCUUUGCUGGGACGCUAAGCGCUUUGAGAAUAUAGCACGCUAUGUUCUGGAUAUGGGUAUGAACACUAUCCGCCUCGAAGGCAAGAUGGAACAGCCCGAGCUAUAUGAUGUUGCAGACAGACUGGGAGUCCUGUUGAUGGUUGGCUGGGAGUGUUGCGAUCGAUGGGAAAGUUGGCCAUACAAUCACGACUUAUCCCAGGAUCCUCCUCCCAAGUGGUACGACGCUGAUUACGACACCGUCAAUGCUUCCAUAAGGCAUGAGGCGGCAAUGAUGCAAACGCACCCAAGUCUUAUCGCUUUCUUAGUAGGGAGCGACUACUGGCCAGACGAUAGAGCUACCAAGAUCUACGUCGAAGGCUUACGGGAUGCUGGAUGGCAGGUUCCUAUCAUCUCGUCUGCUGCGAAGCGUGGUUAUCCAAAGCUUCUCGGCCCAUCGGGAAUGAAGAUGGAAGGUCCAUACGACUGGGUCCCUCCAGUCUACUGGUAUGACAGAGAGCCAACGUCCAAGAGGUUUGGAUCAUCUUUUGGAUUUGGGUCCGAGCUAGGCGCAGGUGUCGGAACGCCCACUAAAGGGAGUCUGUCCAAGUUUCUGACCAGCCAGGACAUGCAAGACUUGUGGGAGAAGCCAAACAAGGGUCUCUAUCAUAUGUCGCAAAACACAUCACAAUUUCAUGAUCGGUCGAUUUACAACAAGGCAUUGUUCAAACGAUACGGCAAGCCUACGUCCUUGGAUGACUAUCUUAUCAGCGCACAAAUGAUGGACUAUGAAGCAACUCGCUCUCAGUUCGAAGGCUUCGGAAGUCAAUGGAGCGCUUCACGCCCGGCCACAGGGCUGAUUUACUGGAUGCUAAACAACGCCUGGCCAAGUCUUCAUUGGAACCAAUUUGACUAUUAUCUUCAUCCAGCUGGAUCAUAUUUUGGUACCAAGAUAGCAAAUCGGGUUGAACACGUUGCCUUUGAUUACUUCAACAAUACUAUCUGGGCAAUCAACCACUCUCGCAAAAAGUCAGGUUCACGGUCAGUCCACGUCGAAUUGGUGGAUCUGGAAGGACAGCGUCUCUUUCGUGAAACGAUGCGCUUUACCACAGAGCCUAUCAAGUCUCUCAAAAUUGGCGAUAUCAGUAGCGCAAUUGGAAAGAUUAAGGAUGUCGGGGUUCUUCGCCUGUCCUUGGUGGAAGAUGGCGGUGACAAAGUGCUAAGCCGGAACACAUAUUGGUUGUCCGAACAAAACGAUGUAGUGAACUGGGGCAGCACGACAUGGUACUACAGCGACGUCAAGCAGUCAGCCAACUUUACUGCUCUGAGCAAGAUGGAUCCAGCUGCAGUAUCAAUUAUAUCGUCCAAGAGCGGCGACCCUGGCGAGUGGAAGCUCCAGGUUAAAAACACUUCUCCAGUGCCUGCUGUGUUCAUCCAGCUCAACGCUGUGGAUGGGAAUGGGAACGAUGUGACUCCGUUGACCUGGUCAGAUAAUUAUUUCACUCUUCUACCUCAUGAGAAGCUUGAAGUUCAGCUUACUUCCUGGUCCGGUAAAGGCAGUGCAGUGGAGGUCAGUGGGAAGAAUGUCAAGGCAUUCAAGGUGAAGCUAAACUAG